AUGUCGGAUUCCAGUCAUUUUGGAGAGUGCGAUAGGUUUUCGCAGUUGUCAGACGAAUUUAUGUCCUGGUUAAAACAGAGACCUGGAGUCAAAGUGAGCCCGAAGAUUAAAAUUGCAGAUCUAAGGUCUGAGGGUGCCGGAAGAGGCAUUGUGGCCGAUGACGAUAUAGGCGAGGAUGAAGAGCUUUUUGCAAUCCCACAAAACCUAGUGCUUAGUUUUCAAAAUUCGAGCCUAAAAGAUCUAUUGGAUUUCAAUGAGAGAGAUUUUGACCCAUGGCUUUGUCUCAUUGUUGUAAUGAUAUACGAGUACCUCCAAGGUGGGGCAUCGACGUGGUCACGAUACUUCCAACUGCUUCCCACAAAUUUCGACACCCUGAUGUUUUGGACGGAUGAAGAACUCCGGGAAUUGAGUGGCAGCGCUGUGUUAAACAAGAUCGGUAGAUCAGAUGCAGAAGCAAAUAUUCUUCGCAAUAUUCUUCCUCUCGUUUCUGGAAAUCCCUCCCAUUUUCCACCAAUGAGCGGUGUGGCAUCCUUCGACUCGCCAGAGGGCAAGGCGGCACUACUCUCUCUUGCUCAUCGCAUGGGCUCAUUGAUAAUGGCUUACGCCUUUGAUAUUGAAAAGGGAGAAAACGACGGGGGGGAGGGCCAAGAUGGUUAUGUAACGGACGACGAGGAAGAGCUAUCCAAAGGAAUGGUCCCUUUGGCCGAUCUCUUGAAUGCGGAUACAGAUCGAAAUAAUGCACGACUAUUCCAGGAAGAUUGCUAUCUCUCUAUGAGAUCAAUAAAACCCAUUCGAAAAGGGGAGGAAAUCUUCAACGAUUACGGCGAACUGCCUCGCGCAGACUUGCUGAGGCGGUAUGGUUACGUCACUGACAAUUAUGCCCAGUACGAUGAAGUCGAAAUCUCGAUGCGAACCAUUUGCUAUGCCGCCGGGAUUCCAUCCGCGAUCCCUGGCCCAGAGCACCCAUGUCUGGAAUUCUUAGAAAAUAUGGGAGUGUUCGACGAUGGCUACAGCAUUCCUCGACUCAACCUCAAUACACCACUCAUGGAAGUGCUCCCUGAGGAGCUAUUGAUCGCUCUCAAUGUCCUAACAAUGCCACCCGAUCAAUUCAACCAACUAAAAAUGAAUAAUAAGGUUCCCAAACCUAGGCUAGGGGUAACGGAAGCAACUUUACUUGCAACCGCGGUGCAACAGACACUGGGUGAUUACACCACAACGCUCGAAGAGGAUAAAGAUCUUUUAAGUUCAAUUUCCAAUAUCCAGGAAUCGACUGACAGCACAGCAUCGGCGAGGCGAUUGAAGAUGGCGCUGCAAGUCCGAAUCGGGGAAAAACAAAUAUUAUCACAAGUUCUUACCGCUCUUGGAGAUUUCGAUGCGCAUCAAGGUCAAGUAUUUGACAACUCCAAGAGGAGUGCGGAAAUCGUUACGCCUUCGGGCGAGAAGCGAAGGAAGCUAUAA